CUCCAUCAAGAGGGCGUUUGGGGCUCCCCCCCCUCCACCGCCUUUCUCAUCAAUGCAGAUGUACUGCUCAAAUUUUGUGGGAAUAUCAGUAGAGAUAUAUUAGAAUUCCGUUAAAUGUCGCCCCGUUGACACAAUUAAUUGUCAUAAUUACGAUCGAACAUGGAACUACCUUUCCGCCCGGAGGAAACGAAGGCACGGAGUUGCGCAUCCGAGAACGCGAUUCAAAUACCGAAGGUCCUCGACGCGAAGGUCGAGCCGCUGUUCUCUCUUCCGUCGGACUUGACGAGUCCUAAGAGAUGCAAGAGGAAAGGAGAGGCGCCGAUCAAGGAAAAGGGAAAGAUGCAAAAAUUUCGCGGUGCAUCUCACACGGCGAAACGCCUUCGCGAGGAGAAGUUUCGCAGAUUUAUGGUGGGUUUGAUAGUCAAACCAGAGUUACCGGAGAAAGACAUGGAUCUGAGCGACGACAAGGACGUCAAUAGAUAUUAUUAUUACGUUUGCAACGGAGUCGAUACGAUUGGUACGGUGAGCAUCGAGGACGUCUUCGUCGAGGCGAUACUCGAUCUGGUUCCGGGCCGUCUGCGUGAUAAAUUUCCCGAUUCUGCCGGCGAGCUGAUCCUCGAGAUCAAGGAGGACUUCAUGAAGAAUAUGAAGAAAGCCAUCGUCGAGUUCGCACUCACGGAACCUUCCGAGGAACAUCCGUCAGAGCUGGACGCGAUUCAGAUGGACGAGCUGAGCGUCCAGCUGGACUCGCGGAAGCACGUGGAGGAUUGUCGCAGAAUUCUGCACGCCGAGCUGUAUCUGAUAAAUCCAUGUAUGCGGAUGACUCUGGAGCAGUGGGUCCGCGAUUACAGUCAAUUUCGGCUGAUCAAUUUGGAGCACGUCAUCGCGCAUGAGGAGAGCUGGGAUCUGGCGAAUUUUCACACACUAAUCGCUCGUCAGAUCGUCGCCAAUCGGCGAAUUCUGGUGAAAGCCUGGUACAUCGGGAUCCAAGAGAUAUUUCUCGUGAACAACAGGAAGAAGAUGGUACCCAGCCCGCUGCGGCGCAGGCAGUUCAAGCGGUUCUUCGACUGCGCCAGCAAGCUGAUGGAGUCGCAGCUUUUAAGUGUCUGCAAGCGUUCUCUGCGGGAUUUCGUUAAUUACGUCGUGAACGGCAAGCCCGUAGCCUGCUACUUUAAGGUGAACAUCGUCGUGAUCUUCAAGGAGCUCGCUUUCGAGCCGUCCUUCGACAAAUUCAAGGAAUCGCUUUGCAACAUUCUCGAGACGAUAUGCAACGCUGUGAGGAAUUUUGAAAGAUUGGAGACGCAGCUCUAUCUCGAUUGGGCAGGACCUCAAGAAUUCCUUAAGGUUCCGCAUCAUAAAAUAUGGAGAGCCAAGCGGAGAACCGACUUCCUACCGCAGAUAUCGCAGCCCAUCGUGGAGCAGCUCAAGGGACAGAUAAAUCGGUUGAUCGAUCGCGAGAGAAUAAUCCCGGAGCGGAAGAUGGCAGAAUUGAGAAGAUACGCGCAUCUCUACAACGGCGAAGAACUCGGCCGGACGGAGGCUUUCUUGCUGAACGAGAGGAUGAAGCUGAGGGAGUACGAGACGCAGAUCAAACACUAUCACGAUCUCGCCGGAGGAAUACCGAUCGAGAUCGAGAGGACGGUUUUCGCGGGAUUAUUCGAAGUUUCUCACGCAUUCUUCAUCACGGCCGUGGUGGAGAACGUCGAGCAUUUCAAAGGACUUCUAAUUCACCGACUUAUCGACCGAUACCAGAACACGACAAAGAAUGUCACAGCGGAAUAUGAAGCUAUAUCCGGACGAGCCCUCACCCCGCCUCCCAAUACCGCGGCUCUGAUGGAACUCAUCAAGUUCAUUCGAACUACCAAUGACGUCACUCUAAAGAGCCUGGAGCUCAGACUGCUGGACGUGAUCGAGCACAUCGCGUUCCUGUCGGAUUACUGGCUGUUAACGGAGAGCGAGAUAAGUAACAACAGCGUGGCCUUCCAAUGGUAUCACAGAAUGCCCCAGAUCCUCGAGGACAACCGGAUGAUCGUCGAGAACAAGACGCGGGAGUACCAAGAUGCGCUGAAAGUUCGAUAUCUGAGAUUCGUGGAGGAAUUGGACUCGUACGUGAAACAAGUGGAGGAGAUGAAAUAUUGGGGCAACAUCGAGGAGGUGUAUCGGUACCAGCGCAGGGCGCAAGCUUUGGAGAACCGGCUGAUCACGGCGAUGGACAAGAUCGAAAAGUUCAACGAGGAGGAGGCCUCCUUCAACUGGGAGAUCACGCAGUAUCCGCUGCGCAAACAGAUUGCCGAUCGUUUGCAACCCUUCAAGAAGCUCUUCGACUGCAUCUGCGAGUACUUGACCAAAUACGACUUGUGGAUAAACAGCACGAUUGGCACCCACAACCCCGAGGAGAUCGACAACGAUGUAGCAACGUAUUACAGGACGAUCUACAAGCUAGAGAAAGGGUUCCAGGAGCCGGCCGUGCGUGACCUGGCGGCCGCGGUUCGCGAGAGGAUCGAGGAGUUUAAGGAGCGGAUGCCGGCGGUGAUGACCCUGGGCAAUCCCGGGCUGAAGACGCGGCACUGGGAACUGAUCUCGGCGAUCACGGGCGUUCCCAUCAAGUACGACCCCGAUCUGACGCUGGGCAAGGUCCUGGGUAUGGGUCUGGAGGCCUACAUCGCGCAAUUCGAGGGCAUCUCGGAGGCCGCCACGAAAGAGGACACUCUGGAGAAGGGCAUGGACAAGAUGCAGCGAGACUGGACCGACCUGAUUUUUACGGUGAAUCCUUACAAGGACACCGGCACCUACGUCAUUGCCAGCGUCGACGAGAUACAACUCCUGCUGGAUGAUCACAUCACGAAGACGGUGACUAUCAAGAACUCACCCUACAUCAAGCCCUUUGAGGCUAGAAUACUCAAAUGGGAGAAGACGUUGCGCUUGCUGGAGGAUAUUCUGGACCAGUGGCUGAAGGUGCAGGGCACGUGGAUGUACUUGGAGCCAAUCUUCACCUCGCCGGAUAUCCAGCAGCAGAUGCCGGAAGAAGGGCGAAAGUUCGCGCAGGUCGACAAGAUAUGGCGGGACAUCAUGAAGAACGUCCACAGCGAGCCGCUCGUUCUCGCAAUCGUCGAGAUCGAGAAGAUGCUGGAGCGGCUGAAGAAGAGCUACGGGCUGUUGGAGCUAAUUCAAAAAGGUCUGAACGAAUACCUGGAGAAGAAGAGGCUCUUCUUCCCCAGAUUCUUCUUCCUCUCCAACGACGAACUGCUCGAGAUUCUCUCCGAGACGAAGGAUCCCACGCGCGUGCAGCCGCAUCUGAAGAAAUGCUUCGAAGGCAUAGCUCGACUGAAGUUCAACGUAGACCUCGAGGUGCUGGCGAUGCGAUCCACGGAAGGCGAAGAGGUCGCUAUUCUGGAGGUUAUAUCCACUGCCAUGGCCCGAGGGCAAGUCGAGAAGUGGUUAGCCGAGCUCGAGGCGGAGAUGCGGAAGAGCGUGCGUCACAUGGUGUAUCAAGCGAUACUGGCGUAUCACCUCAAGGUGAGGACGGCCUGGGUCCUCGAGUGGCCCGGUCAGACCAUUCUCUGCGUGGGCCAGACGUACUGGACGCAACAAGUCGAGGAGGCGAUGCUGAAGGGAGUGGCCGGUUUGGAGAAAUACUUGGACCAGUGCCAGAAGGAGUUGAACGACAUCAUUCUGCUGAUCAGGGGAACCCUCUCAAAGCAGAAUCGCAUUACCUUGGAGGCGCUCGUUACUAUAGACGUUCACAGCAAGGAUGUUCUCGCGGAACUGUACAAGGAGCAAGUUGUAAAAAAUACCGACUUCAAAUGGCUAUGCCAGCUUAGAUACUACUGGCUGGAGGACAAUAUGUGGGCGUACAUGAUCAAUUCAUACAUACGCUACGGCUGCGAGUACCUCGGUAACACGUCUCGCCUGGUGAUCACUCCGCUGACAGAUCGAUGCUACCGCACUCUCUUCGGCGCCCUGAGCCUUCACCUGGGCGGUGCGCCCGAGGGACCGGCCGGCACCGGCAAGACAGAGACCACGAAGGACCUGGCGAAGGCGGUCGCCAAGCAGUGCGUGGUCUUCAACUGCUCCGAGGGCCUCGACUACAUCGCGCUGGGCAAGUUCUUCAAGGGUCUGGCCUCGUGCGGCGCCUGGUCCUGCUUCGACGAGUUCAAUCGGAUCGACUUGGAGGUACUGUCGGUCAUCGCGCAGCAGAUCCUGACGAUCCAGUGCGCGAUUAACGCCGGCGCCGAGAAGAUGAUCUUCGAGGGCACGGAGAUCUUCCUCGACCCCACCUGCGCCAUAUUCAUCACCAUGAAUCCGGGCUACGCCGGCAGGACCGAACUGCCGGACAAUCUUAAGGCCCUCUUCCGCCCGGUGGCGAUGAUGGUGCCCGAUUAUGCUCUUAUCGCGGAGAACACCUUAUACUCCUACGGCUUCUACAACGGUAGACCGUUGGCCGUGAAGAUCGUCACCGCUUACAAGCUCUGCUCGGAGCAGCUCAGCAGUCAGCAUCACUACGAUUACGGCAUGAGGGCGGUUAAAUCCGUGCUGAUCGCCGCCGGUAAUCUGAAGCUUCGCUAUCCCGAUGAGUCCGAGGACAUCUUGAUGCUGAGGAGUAUUCUGGACGUUAAUCAGCCGAAAUUCCUGGUCCACGAUCUGCCGCUCUUUGAAGGGAUAGCCUCGGAUCUGUUUCCCGGCGUCGUACUGCCGACGCCGGAUUACACGCACAUCAAUGCGUGCACGCGGGACGCGUGCACCGCGGCGAAUUUGCAGUGCACGGAUCACUUUUUGGAGAAGAUCCAGCAGAUCUACGAGAUGAUGAUCGUGCGCCAUGGCUUUAUGAUCGUCGGGCCGCCGUUCGGCGGUAAGACCUCGGCCUACCGAAUGCUGGCCGACUGCCUCGGCUUCUUAGAGGAUAGGCAGCUGAUGGAUGAACAUCGCGUGGAGAUCACCGUCAUCAAUCCCAAGGCCAUCACGAUGGGCCAGCUGUAUGGCCAAUUCGAUCCGGCGUCGCACGAGUGGAGCGACGGGGUGCUGGCGGUGUCCUACCGCGCUUUCGCCGCUUCUGUUAAUCUGAAUAGGAAGUGGCUGAUCUUCGACGGCCCGGUGGACGCGAUUUGGAUCGAGAAUAUGAACACGGUGCUGGACGACAAUAAGAAGCUCUGCCUCACGUCCGGAGAGAUUAUCCAGCUCGCGCCGACGACCAACCUGAUUUUCGAGCCCAUGGAUCUGGAGGUUGCGUCCCCUGCCACAGUAUCACGGUGUGGCAUGAUCUACAUGGAGCCGGUGAGUCUGGGCUGGACUCCACUUUUGAUCUCGUGGCUGAACACAUUACCGCCCAGGUUCACCGAGGACAUUAAGAGCCAUUUGAAGGACAUGUACCUGCGCUUCUGUCCGCCUCUGUUGCAUCUGAUUCGCCGUUGCGGUGCAAAGGAAAUGAUAACGAUGCCGGAUGCUAAUCUAACACGCUCGGUUAUGUACCUGUACGACUGCUUCCUGGACGAUUUUCGCAACGAGAAAUAUGUGAGCGCGCUCUCCGACUUGGACAUGAGAGCGCAAGUUGAAGGCUGCUUCUUUUUCUCGUGCAUCUGGGCGAUGGGCGUCACGCUGAUGGUCAAUUACCGUGAGUGGUUUGACAUGCUCUUCAGGGCAUUGGCGGAACGCGAAUUUCCGUCGGAAGUGUGCCAACGCUUUGGCAUAUCGCCGGAAAUCGGCGAUCCGGAGAAACCUUACAUAGUCCCUCUACCGUCCAAUGGUUCGGUCUUCGACUACAAGUACGUCAAGGAAGGUAAGGGCAGGUGGGAACUCUGGCUGGAGGAUCUGAAGGACGUCCCGCCGAUCCCCAAAGACAUGCCGGUGAACCAGAUCAUCGUCAGCACGGUGGAGACCGUCCGAUACUUCCAUCUCUUCAGGUAUCUCGUUUGCCAUCACAAGCCGGUUCUUUUGGUCGGACCGACAGGCACCGGAAAAUCCGUCUACAUCAUGGAGUUCCUGCUGAAGAAGAACAAUCCGGAGAUCUUCAAGCCGCUCUUUGUAAUAUUCUCGGCGCAGACCACUGCCAAUCAGACGCAGGAUAUCAUCAUGAGCAAGCUGGACCGAAGGAGGAAAGGUCUAUUUGGCGCGCCGCCUGGUCAGCACUGGGUGGUCUUCGUGGACGACGUGUCGAUGCCGCAGAAAGAAGAAUACGGCGCGCAGCCUCCUAUCGAGCUUCUGCGUCAAUGGCUCGACCAUUGGACCUGGUACGACUGGAAGGAAGUGGUGCCGAUCAAGCUCGUGGACAUUCAACUGAUGUGCGCGAUGGGUCCGCCAGCUGGCGGACGUGACGUCACGCCGCGGUUCAAACGGCACUUUGUCACCCUGGCGAUCUCCGAGUUCGAUGACGACGUCCUGGUCACCAUAUUCGGCAGGAUCACCACCUGGCAUUUUACCACCCGUGGCUUCCCGGAAUUCUUCGAUCCGUGCAUCGAUCAGAUAGUCCAUGCUACUCUGGACGUGUACAAGGAGACCAGGAGAAAUCUGCUGCCGACCCCCGCGAAGUCGCAUUAUCUGUUCAAUCUGCGCGACUUCUCGCGGGUCAUUCAGGGCGUGCUGCUCUCCACCCCUGAGGCCAUCAUUGAUCUGGUAAGCAUGAAGCGUUUAUGGGUCCACGAGGUGCUCCGAGUUUACGGGGAUCGGUUGGUCGACGAGGCCGAUAGCAGAUGGCUGGUGGAGCAGAUCCGGAAGACCAUAAAGGAGCACAUGGACGACGACAUGGACAGCCUUUUUCAGGAUCUACAGGAUGAGCCUGGAGUAGAAUUAACGGAGGUGCAUCUGCGAAAUCUCAUCUUCUGCGACUUCUAUGACCCGAUCGCCGAACAGAAAUUGUACGCAGAGGUUCAAGACUGGGACGAGCUCGCCGAAGCGGUGGAGGAGUAUCUCACCGAGUACAACGAUAUCUCGAAGACGCCAAUGGACCUUGUGCUCUUCAGAUUCGCAAUAGAGCAUCUCUCGAAGAUCUGCCGGGUGAUGAUGCAGCCGCGCAGCCACGCUCUUCUGGUCGGCAUGGGCGGCUCCGGUCGGCAAUCCCUGACAAAGUUGGCGGCACACAUAUCCGACUAUGAGCUCUUCCAGGUGCAGAUAUCCCAGCAGUACGGCAUGUACGAGUGGCACGAGGACCUGAAGAACAUCCUGCGGAAGAGCGCCGCGAGCGACUUGCACACAGUUUUUCUCUUCAUGGACACGCAGAUCAAGGAGGAGACCUUCCUCGAGGACAUCAGCAACCUCCUCAAUUCCGGCGAGGUGCCCAAUCUCUUCGCGGCAGACGAGAAGUCCGAGAUCUGCGAGAAAAUGCGGAUCAUCGAUCGGCAGAGGGACAGGUCGGUGCAGACGGACGGCAGCCCGGUUGCGCUCUUCAACUUCUUCGUGCAGACGGUGCGCGAGCACCUGCACGUGGUGGUGACGAUGUCGCCGAUCGGCGCCAGCUUCCGCAUCCGAAUCCGCAAGUUUCCCGCGUUGGUGAACUGUUGCACCAUCGACUGGCUGCAACCCUGGCCCGAGGACGCCCUGCUCGCGGUCGCCACGCAAUUUUUGGGCGAGAUCAGCAUGCCGAGCGACGAGCGUCACGCCUGCAUCGCGAUGUGUCAGUACUUCCACACGUCCACGCAGGAACUGACGCGGGACUUCCUGAGACGGCUGAAUCGUCACAAUUACGUCACGCCGACGUCCUACCUGGAGCUCAUCAACACGUUCAAGGAUCUACUGGACCGGAAACGGAAGGAGGUACUGCAGGGUAAGAAGAGAUACGAGGGUGGCCUCGACAGGCUGGACAGCACUCGGAAAGAGGUCAGCAGAAUGCAGCAGGUCCUGGUGGCUCUUCAGCCGAAGCUGCUGGUGACCGCGAAGGAAGUGGAGGCCAUGUUCCUGGACGUGCAGCGACAGAGCGAGGAAGCAAGUGAGAUCGAGCAGGUUGUUAAAAAGGACGAGGAGGCCGCCAUGGUCGUCGCCGCGGGAGCCAAAGAGAUCCGCGCCGAGUGCGACGCGAAUCUUCAGGAAGUGAUGCCGAUCCUGGACGCAGCGAAUGCCGCUCUGAACACCCUGACUCCGCAGGACAUCCAGAUCGUCAAGUCCAUGAAACGUCCGCCGGCCGGCGUGCGACUGGUCAUGGAAGCGAUUUGCAUACUGAAGGACGUGAAGCCGGAGAAGGUGGGUCCGGUGGACGAUUACUGGAAGCCGUCGCUCCGCGUUCUCGGCGAUUUAAAGUUUCUGGAGUCGCUGCUGAACUACGACAAGGACAACAUCCCGGAGCGCAUCAUGAACAAGAUCCGCACGACGAUCCUGACGAAUCCGAAUUUCGAUCCGGAGCGUAUCCGGCAGGUGUCGACCGCCUGCGAGGGCCUCUGCCGCUGGGUGUUCGCCCUAGAGGAGUACGACAAGGUCGCCAAGGUGGUGGCGCCGAAGAAGCAGGCCCUGGCGAAGGCCGAGGCCGACUACUCCGGGGCGAUGGAGCAGCUGACGCUGAAGAGGAACCUGCUGCAGGAGGUGCGCGAGAGAUUGGCCAGAUUGGAGACUCUGCUGGCGCAACGAAGGAUGGAGUACCAGGCGAUGACCGACGAGGUGAAGGAGUGCGAGGAGAAGCUGAGGAGGGCCGAGGAGCUGAUCGGGGGUCUCGGUGGCGAGUACAUCAGAUGGUCCGAGGCCGCAAAAUCGCUCGGGGAAGGCUACUACAGAUUAACGGGCGACAUCCUGAUCAGCUCCAGCGUGGUGGCCUAUCUCGGUGUCUUCACGAUGCAGUAUCGGCAGCGGCAAGUGGAGGAGUGGGUGAAGUUCUGCACCAGUCUGAAGGUCGUCUGCACCCAGGAUUUCCAGCUCACGCAAGUGCUGGGCGAUCCGGUGCUCAUCCGCAGCUGGAACAUAUUCGGCCUGCCGAGCGACCUGUUCUCCAUCGACAACGCCAUAAUCAUCACGAACUCGCGCCGCUGGCCGCUCAUGAUCGACCCGCAGGGCCAGGCGAACAAGUGGGUGAAGAACAUGGAGAAGGCGUCGAAUCUGCACGUCGUCCGACUGACGCAGCCGGACUACAUGAGGAUCCUGGAGAACGCCGUGCAGUUCGGGCAGCCGGUGCUGCUGGAGAACAUCGGAGAGGAGCUGGAGGCGGCCCUGGAGCCGUUGCUGAUGAAGCAGACCUUCAGAUCCGGCGGCGCGCUAUGCAUCAAGAUCGGCGACAGCGUCAUCGAGUAUUCCGACAAGUUUCGAUUUUACAUUACUACGAAAUUGCGAAAUCCACACUAUUUGCCGGAAGUGGUGGUGAAAGUGACUCUGUUGAACUUCAUGAUCACUCCGGUCGGUCUGGACGAUCAGCUUCUAGGAAUAGUCGUUGCGAAGGAAAGACCCGAGCUCGAAUCCGAGAAAAAUCAGCUGAUAGUUCAAGGAGCGGCUAAUAAAAAGAUGUUAAAGGAGAUAGAGAAUAAGAUCUUGGAGGUGCUGCAAGCAGCGAAGGAGAACAUACUCGAGGACGAAACCGCCAUCAGCGUGUUGAGUUCGUCGAAAAGUCUGGCCAACGAGAUUCAAACUAAACAGACUGCGGCUGAAAUUACCGAGAAGUCGAUCGACGCAGCGAGAUUGCAGUACACGCCGAUUGCAGUAUAUACUACAGUUCUCUUCUUCACUAUCGUCAUGCUGGCGAAUAUCGAUCCGAUGUACCAGUAUUCACUCGCCUGGUUCGUCAAUCUCUUCAAGAAUACGAUCGACAACACGCCGCCGGUGGAGGACAUAAAGCAGCGUCUGAAGGAUCUCACCAGGUGCUUCACCUAUUCCCUGUACGUCAACAUAUGCCGCUCGCUCUUCGAGAAGGACAAGCUGCUCUUCUCGCUUCUGCUAGCCGUGAACUUGCUGAACAAGCAAGGCCAGCUCUCGAUGGCUCACUGGAUGUUCCUGCUGACCGGCGGCGUCGGCCUCGAGAAUCCCUUCGUCAAUCCCACCGAAUGGCUACCGGCGAGGUCCUGGGACGAGUUGUGCCGAUUGGACAGCGUGCCAGGAUUUACGGGAAUAAGAGACUCGUUCACGAGAAGUAUCGACGAGUGGAAGAGGGUAUUCGAUCACAAGGAGCCUCACACCUCGUCCUUUCCCGCUCCCUGGGACAAACUGAGCAAUUUCGAAAAGAUGCUGGUGCUACGUUGCAUACGUCCCGACAAGAUAGUGCCGGCGGCGCAAUUAUUCGUCGAAGAACAAUUAGGGCGUCAGUACAUCGUGCCACCGCCCUUCGAUCUGGCGGCCUCUUUCGCGGACUCGCACUCCUGCAUCCCGCUGAUAUUCGUCCUGACACCCGGCGCGGAUCCCAUGGCGAUCCUGCUGAAGUUCGCCGACGAUCAGGGCUUCGGUGCCAACAGACUCUUCUCCCUGUCCCUCGGCCAAGGUCAGGGGAUCAUCGCCGAGGGACUCAUUGACGAAGGCGUGAAGAGCGGCACAUGGGUGGUGCUGCAAAAUUGUCACGUCGUCAAGACCUUUAUGGUCACACUGGAAAAAAUAUGCGAGGGUUUUACGAAGGAAACGGUGCACCCCGACUUCCGGCUGUGGCUGACGAGUUAUCCGGUCGAGCACUUUCCGGUCAGCGUCCUGCAGAACGGCGUGAAGAUGACGAACGAGCCUCCCAAAGGGCUGCGCGCGAAUAUCUUGCGGUCUUUUCACCAGGACCCGAUAUGCGAUCCCGACUUCUUCGACACGUCCAAGCAGCAGCUGACCUUUAAACAGCUGCUCUUCUCGCUCUGCUUCUUUCACGGCAUCGUGCAGGAGCGACGGAAGUUCGGGCCGAUCGGCUGGAACAAUCAGUACGAGUUCAACGAGACGGAUUUGCGUAUCAGCGUGCUGCAGCUCAAGAUCUUACUCGACCAGUACGACGACGUUCAGUUCACCGCGUUGAAGUAUCUCACUGGCGAGUGCAAUUACGGUGGUCGCGUGACCGACGAGUGGGACCGACGGACCCUCAACACGAUCCUGAUGCGAUUCUAUCACGAGGACGUGAUCGUGGUCGAGCGAAAGUAUCUGUUCGAUCCCAGCGGCCUUUAUUACGUACCGCCGGUCAGCGAGUACAGUCAAUUCCUCGAUUACGUGAGCGAAUUGCCAAUGACCACCACGCCCAGCGUCUUCGGCAUGCACGAGAACGCUGACAUCAUCAAGGAUCAGCAGGAGAGCUACUUGAUGCUGUCCUCCAUCCUGACCACUCAGGAAGUCACCGGCCAGGAAGUGGAGGGCGCCGAGAAAUCGCCGGACGAGAUCGUCUACGGCGUCUCAUCCGACAUCCUGUCGCGAUUGCCGCAGGACUACGAUCUCGUGGCCGCCCUGAACAGAUAUCCCACGCUGUACGAGCAGAGCAUGAACACGGUGCUGGUCCAGGAGAUGGGCAGAUUCAACAGACUCCUGCAGACCAUCCGCGGUAGCCUCGUGAACGUUCAGAGGGCGAUCAAGGGUCUAGUGAUAAUGGAGCCCAAUCUCGAGGAGGUCUACUCGUCGAUCAUCAUCGGCAGGAUACCCAAGAUGUGGAUGAGAGCUUCCUACCCUUCCCUGAAGCCGCUCGGCAGCUACAUAUAUGAUUUUCUGAAGAGGCUGAAUUUUCUCCAAACUUGGUACACGGAAGGGCCUCCCACGUCUUUCUGGAUUUCCGGUUUCUACUUCACGCAAGCGUUUCUCACCGGCGCCCGGCAGAAUUACGCGAGGAAGUAUUCGAUUCCCAUCGAUCUGCUGAUUUACGAUUUCUUCCCUUUGAAGGAUACCGUUUUCGAAAGUCCGCCCGUCGACGGGAUAUACGUCUACGGGUUAUUUCUCGACGGCGCUCGCUUCAAUAUGGCCACAAUGGAGCUCGACGAAUCCUUUCCGAAGAUCCUUUACGAUACCGUGCCCUACAUCUGGAUGAAGCCGGUGACGAAGGACCAGGUGCAGGUCAGGGACACGUACACGUGCCCGGUGUACAAGACCACCGAGCGGAAGGGCGUGCUGUCGACCACCGGCCACUCGACCAACUUCGUCAUCGCGAUCUGGCUGCCGACGUCGCGUCCGCCGGAGCACUGGAUCCUGCGUGGCACCGCCAUGCUGUGCCAAUUGUCGGACUAAUAACCGGGAUUGAUAUCCAGCUCGCAGAUAAAAUCCACGAGAGACCGGACAUUUUAAUGAGCUCGCCUCAGAAAAUAUAUAUAACCGUCGCCGUAAUUGAUUUUCUUCGCGGUAAUUAAAUCCCUUCGAUCGUUUCGAACGGAUAAUGUUUAGUUAUCUCUCUUUAAAGAUCCGAAAGAGUUCAUUUCGAAAAGAUCAGAGUCGCGAUGAUUAAUUUUUCUUCGAUAUCAAGUUCUUUGUGCUCAAGAGACUGAGUAAAAUAACGCAGAUAUAUAACUUAUGCGUGGCUUCUUUAAACUUUUGAAAGGUUGUAGAACGAUGGGUUCGGAAAUCUCUCCGUACUCUGCCUUUCACAUAACAUAGAAUGUAAGAGAAAAAGUAAAUAAUUAUCGCCGAUCAAUAAAAAUUAUAUUAAUAUUUACUUGAGGUAUAUAAGACACGUGUGUGCUUUAUAAAAUGCUGUUUUCUAAGAAAGAUUUUUCACAGAAAAGUAUUUCCAUGAAAAUUUCUUUCCAGAAAAAGUAGAUCACUUUUAUGCAAAUGGUCUACAAAUAGCAUUAUUUUCUUAACAAGCAAUAACCAGCACGUAGAAC